AUGGCCGAUCCCGAUGCUGACUCGCCCGGCCUGUUUCAAGCAGGUCUGGACAACUUCGACAUCAGCACCCCGUUGCAUCUGGGCGAGCCCACGCUCGCACACCACGGCUCCCUGAAUGGUAACGUUAACGACGCCGUCACCACUCCUGAUCCCACCUCCCAAAGAGGAACUUCCAUCCCCGCCUCCCUGGCCGAUACACCGAGAGCCUCAACCGGUGGGCCGACUCAGCACAACUCUCCCCCUAUAGGCCACCACCAGCAUCCCAAUGCCUUCAACGGUAACGGUAUCAGCCCUCAGGAGCAAUACCAACAACAGCAACAACAACAACAACAACAGGCCUUCGACUUCAACCAGGACAACAUCUCCAACUGGCCCGUUGACUCGCCUCCGUUUGAUCCCGGCCCCGACUUCAACUUUGGCUCUGUGCCGCACGGGCUGAACAUCGCUCAAAGCUGGGACCUCCCCGUCCACUUUGGCAUCCCACAACAGGGACCGCAGCAAGAACAACAACAACAACAACAACAAGGCCAAUUCUAUCCCGACACGACCGGUGCUGGCAUCGACCCCGGCAUCUAUGCUGCUGCCCUUUCCAUUCCCUCGCCUCAGGGACAAUCGGCCGAACCCAUCUCCGUCCGCACCAACAUCAACCCCAACAUCCGUAACAAGUUGACUCCAGCCCAGCAAGAGAGGCUCAAGACCAUCGCCAUGCCACCACAUCUCCAAUACCACUCGCCCAAGAGCGCCGGCAGCCCCGACUCGAAUGCCAGCAUGGGCCACGAUAAGGGCUCCAUGUCAUCACCAGACGGCCUCGGACCAUUGAAGCUGAAUAGCAGGAAACGCAAGUCUUCCGCCGAGGUCGACGAGGAUGACGAUGACGAUGAUAUGGACGGACACCAGCCAGUAAAGAAGACGGCGCACAACAUGAUUGAGAAGAGGUACAGGACAAAUCUGAAUGACAAGAUUGCGGCUUUGAGAGAUAGCGUACCUGCUUUGAGGAUAAUGUCCAAGAGUGCUAGAGGAGAAGAUACAACGGAAGACAGAGAGGAACUUCAUGGAUUGACUCCAGCCCACAAGCUCAAUAAAGCUACGGUUUUGAGCAAAGCGACCGAGUACAUCAGGCACCUGGAAAAGCGAAACAACCGGUUGGUUGAGGAGAACAAUAACAUGCACGCGCGCAUUGCCGCAUUCGAGAAGCUAUUCAUGGCCGGUGCGAUGACCGGCAUGACUAACGCUAUGCAAGCUCCGCCUACGCCAAUUCAGUACCCUCAGGACGUCGCAGCGUUCAUGAGCACCCCGAUGCACACGCCCCGGGGUCCGGAUCCUCCGGGGCUGAUCCCGAUACCGGACGACAUGAAGCGCAUCUUGUCGGCUCAACAAAUGAACGCCGGACGGCCGUAUGCAGUAGGCCCGCCGGCCAUGCAGCCGGGAUUUGUACCAAAUCCGGGCGUCAUUCGCAGACAACAAAUACAACAGCAGCAGCAGCAACAACAGAUGCAGGGGCGGUGGAAUCCUUAUCUCGGCAAGAUGAUGGUUGGUUCGCUGGCCGGACUGAUGCUCGUCGAGGCUUUUACGGAGGACGAGACCAGCAACGAAACCACCGAGGGACGUGGUCUAUACGCUCUGCCGCUGCGGCUUAUCGGAUCCUUCAUUCGCUCGUCGCAUCUCAGUGUCGGCGGUUAUUACAUCUCCGCCAUUGAGAUCAUGGCCAAGCUCAAGCUUCUGCUGCUCGGUGCUCUCCUUGUCUGGACGAUUUUCCCCGACAACUUUUUCGACGCGCCCAAGUCGGAGAAGCCAAAAGGCCCCACUUCUGCGGUGGAGGCCGUGCCCUCGCUCGCCUCGCCAAUUCAUGUCAGGAGACAAGCCUGGCUCACGGCGAUUCAGACUGUUUGGGUACCACGACACAAUUUUUUGCUUGAAGCUGCUGCAUUGUUGCUCAAGACGCUCAAGUUCACUCUGCGCAAUGUGUUUGGCGUACGGACGUAUCUGUGGAUGACGGGACUCAGCGAGGAACAAGAGGCUGCCCGUGUCAAGGCUUGGACCAUUGCGUUGGAUGCCCAGCUUGCUGGCGGUGACGUCGAGAUCAAUAGGAGCCGUCUCACCCUCACGCUGCUCGCUUCGGGCACCCUCCCUGAAACCCCUCUCCGUCUGAUGCUCAAGGCACUUCAUACUAGGAUCUUGCUUUUGCAGUUUAGCGGCAAGUUCUCGCUUGCUAACCUUCCUGCAGCCAAGAUUGCGCGGUCAAGAUGGAAUGAGGCCAGGCAGCUUAACCUCAUCCUUCAGAGAAUCUCUACUAAUCCUGAAGAUGCCCUUCCCGAGCACCUUGCCACUCUGCUGGAGCAGGACUGUGAUGACGUUCUCAGCGAUAGCAUCGUCCAGAGAGCGCACAACCUCGCCUUCAACCGCCCUACGACUUUCAAUCUGGUAGACCGAACCGACGGCAUGAACAUCGUCGUCGAAGACCCCGCCGUUCGUUCCCCCAUGGACGCCGUUGCCGCCUGGUACUCUAGCUCCAUCCUCCAGCGCGUCCUCCUCUCCAGCCUCGCCAAGGCCCAAGACGGCAACACCGAAGCCACCAAAGAAAUCAUUGAUGAGAUCGCCCUUGCCGUCAAGAUUGCCCCCAUUGGUUCCAACGCCUACCUGCGCGCUCUCGUUGCCCGUGCCGUCCUCGUCUCCGAGAAGCGUGGCGUUAGCAUUGCCGCCGCCCUUAAGGCCUCAGACCCCUCGCUCAACCCUGACAAGCAUCCUGAAUACGGCCGCGGCGUACCCCCUCUCAUCGAUUCACCUAUGGCUCAGAUUGUCCCCGACCACGACGCCCUCAUGGCACUCCAAUACGCCAUGCGCAUUGCCCACCUCCAGAAGUCGGCCAACCCGCCCAAGCACGCGAUCGAGUUCAUCAACUCCAUUCUUCCCGGUGGCACCGACCAGUCUAAGCACGAGGGCAUGUCCCUUUUGGCGUGUACGGCGGCUUAUCACCUGAUGGAGUUGCUCGAGAGGCACGCGGUCUGCAAGGAGGAGUGCUCGGGCACUUUGGAGAGACUUGCUGGUGCUCUCAGGAUCUGGGUCGGCAGCUCACAAGGCGAGAAGGUUGGCUUGGACGGCAAGAUGAGGCAGAAGUUGAUUGGCAGGUGUUUGUCGAUUACCAAGUCGGUGAUGGGCAUGGAGAAUGAUCCCGGAUAUGGGAGCAUGAGUGAUUGUGAAGAGAGGGAGGAAAGGGGGUGUUAA